GUAUCUUGGAACGUAGGCUCUAUGUUAAGAUAGUAUUGAAAUAUAUCACUAGCUUCUGCCUUCUUCUUCUCUCGAGCCUCUUGAGUACUACUAAAGGCUCCCGGAGAUAAAGCUAUAUAUAGGUAUAUAUAGGUAGUAAAUGGGCUAACUAACACUGCAAAAAAAUUAUCAAAUCUGACCAGCAGUUUCUGACAGUCAACAAUUAAACUCUAGCUUUUAAUAAUUAGUAAAGAUAUCGUACACUUAUUUGAAUUGACCUCCAAGUCAGAAAUACAAGAUGCAAUUGACACUUUUUCUGCGAUAAUAUAUAAAAAACUUGAUGAUUGGCGUGACGAACUGAGUGAAAGCAUUAAGAAGAUAUCGGAGAAUGUGACCAGCAUUCGGGCGGACCUAUCCAGCUUAACACAAACUGCUACAGAGAUGAAAAAAGAACUUAAUGCUCUUAGAAACAACCACGCCGUUUUGGAGAACAGAAUAUCAGGCAUGGAUUCCAAAUACAUUCUUAUUACCCAAGAUAUCUCUGAGUUGAAAGAAUCUAUCCAGUUUACCGAUGAUGCGCAUAACGCCUUAAAAAAGCAGUUUGAAACUGUUUCUUCGCAGGCGAUUAAUUUUGAUUCUAUUAAUAACAUUGUGAAUGGAUUACAGUCUAAAAUAGAUUCAUUAGAACAACAGGCUAGAAGCUGCAACCUCGAAAUAAGCAAUGUCCCGGAAAAACGGAACGAGAACUUAAUUAAACUAAUGGAGAGUAUCUGUUCUAACAUUAAAUUUCCUUUGGGUCAAGCGAACAUUAUUGCCAUUCAUCGCGUCCCACACGCACUCAAGGACAACAAUAAACCAAAAAACAUUAUUGUCAAGCUGAGUUCUCGAAUAUUGAGGGACAACUUACUGAGUGCAUUUAGAUUGGCAAAGGGCCUCAAUUCUGACCAACUUGGGUUCUCUGGUAAAGCAAGUCGUAUCUACAUGCACGAACACUUAACCUUGAGUAGAAAAUUGUUGUUUCGCGAAUGUCGCGAUGCAGCCAAAAAGCAUGGUUUCACGUACGUCUGGAUCAAACAUGGCACGGUACUUGUUCGUAAAACCGAUAACUCACCAGCAUUGGCUAUACGAUCGCCAGAAGAUAUAUGUAAAAUUAAAUCUGGUACUGGUACUGUAUGUGAACAGGAACAAUAGUCUUACAUUUAAAUCUGAGUAUUAUAAUGACGUAAGUGAAAUGUUAAUUGUAUGGGUCAUUGAAGGUUUGAAAGUAUUUGUUAGUAGCCUAUUUUAUUAUAUGUGUCUUGGAGCGAUUUUACUGUUGUUACACAAUUCUAUGGUGAUAUUGAGAUUAG